AAAAUGGCACAAAAGAACUUUUAUCUGAGAGCAGCUUACCUUUAAUUUUGCCUCCUCUAAAUGAUUUUACUCCUAACCCUCGCAUGAUUUUAGGAGCCGAUGGCGAAAAAAUGUCAAAAUCACGAGGCAACGUUAUUAAUCCUAAUGAGUUAGUAGAAAAAUACGGAGCCGACGCUCUACGGCUGGCCGAAGUAUUUUUAGGGCCGCCUGAACAAACCACUAAUUUUAAUAUUAAAAGCGUUUACCAAAAAAUGAAAGCAAAAGUUAAUAAUUAUUAUCAUAAAACUAAACUUAAUUUAGUAGUUUCUUCCCUGAUGACUUUUAUUAAUGAUUGUUAUAAAGCCGAAGUUAUUCCGUUAACUUAUGGGUUGUCUUUCCUUAGACUACUAAAUCCUUUGGCUCCUCAUAUUACCGAAGAAAUAUGA